AUGCCUCUGUCUGACUUUGCCAAGGCAUCCAUCCCGGAGGUGGUCGAGCAGCUUACCACCGAUGAAGCAAUCCUACUCACAGCUGGCGUCGGCUUCUGGCACACCCAUGCCGUUCCUCGUCUCGGCAUCCCAGCAAUCAAGGUCACUGACGGCCCUAACGGUGCCCGCGGUAACUACUUCUUCAUGAGCACGCCCGCGAAGUGUCUUCCGUCCGCGACUGCGAUGGCUGCGACGUUCGACACCGCGCUCAUCGAGACAAUGGCGAAGGACCUCCUCGCGCAAGAGGUCAAGCUCAAGGCCGCGUCUAUUCUCCUCGGUCCGACGUGCAACACCGCGCGCAGUCCGCUCGGCGGCCGCUCCUUCGAGUCGUACUCGGAGGACCCGCAUUUGUCUGGCAUGGUUGCUGCUGCUUACGUCAAGGGACUUCAGGAGGGCGGUAUCGGCGCGUGCAUCAAGCACUUCGUCGCGAACGAUAAGGAGAACGACCGAUUUGCGUACGAUUCGGUCCUGACUGAGCGCGCGCUGAGGGAGAUCUACCUCAUGCCUUUCAUGCUCGCGGAGAAGUAUGCUCACCCAUGGGCGUACAUGACUGCAUACAACCGUGUCAAUGGUACUCAUGCAUCUGAGAAUCCUCAUCUCCUGAAGGACAUCCUGCGCAAUGAGUGGGGUACGGAUGCUUUGAUCAUGAGUGAUUGGUUUGGCAUAUACUCUAUCGACCACAGCAUAAACGCUGGCCUUGAUCUCGAGAUGCCGGGCACGAACAAAUGGCGAACGCUAGACCUCAUGAACCGCAGCAUCCAGAGCCGCAAGAUUACGAAGCGCACUGUCAAAGAGCGCGCCAAGAAAGUCCUUGAGCUCGUCCAGAAGUGUGCUAAGUAUGCCCCCGAGGUUUUAGACGGCGAUCGUAUUGAACAGACCGGCGACCGUCAAAGCGGAAGGGAGCUGAUGGCGAAGGUUGCCAAUCAGUCCAUCGUCCUUCUCAAGAACGAGGGCGGGAUCCUUCCGCUCAAGCCCAAGGAGCAGGGUCUGAAGAAGGUUGCGAUCGUCGGCGGAAAUGCGAAGGCGACGGUUCUCAGCGGUGGGGGGUCAGCUGCACUCAAGCCCAGCUUCUUCGUUACGCCGUACGAGGGUAUUGUUUCAGCACUCAAGACGGUCGAGCCUAGUGUAGAGAUUACUUACUCUGAGGGCGCGCGCGCUUACAUGCAGAUGCCGACCCUGGAGAACGAGCUUGAGACCGAAGACGGCAAGCCUGGAUGGACGGGUUACUUUCAUUCACACGAGAACGACGAUAGCAUGACACCUCUAGAAGAGCCCACUGUGACCCGUUACAUAGACGAGACUCGUAUCUUCCUCAGCGACGACUACCCCAAGGAACUCACGAAACGCUUCACCCUUCGCCUCCGCGGUUUCUUCAAACCUCGCGAGAAGGACACCGAGUUCGAGUUCGGCCUUGUGUCCGCUGGCCGCGCCAAGCUCUUCGUCGAUGGCAAGCUCUUGAUUGACAACUGGACGAAGCAGACGCGUGGAGAAAGCUUCUUCAAUAGCGGUUCGACCGAGGAGUACGGCGUAUUCACGCUCAAGGCAGGGGUCAAGCACGAGAUCUAUGUCGACUUCAUCAACGUCCGUGCGCCCGCGGACAGCGACCCCGUCGAGGCGAUCAUGGACACAAAUGGUGGCGUUCGGUUGGGCGGCGCGGAGGUGCAGCAUCCAGACGAGCUCAUGGCCACCGCCGUCAAGCUCGCAGAGGAGGCCGAUGUAGUCAUUGCGGUCGUCGGCUUGAACGCAGACUGGGAGACGGAGGGGUACGAUCGGACGACGCUCGCCUUGCCCGGAAGGACCGACGAACUCGUACACAAGGUCGCGGCCGCGAACAAGCGCACCGUCGUCGUUACGCAGAGCGGCUCGAGUAUCACGAUGCCCUGGGCGGACGAGGUUGCUGCGGUCGUGCAUGCGUGGUAUUUGGGCAACGCCACUGGCGAUGCGAUCGGACAGGUCCUUACGGGCGAAGUCAACCCCAGUGGCAGGCUGAGCUUGAGCUUCCCCAAGCGGCUGGAGGACGUCGCGAGCCACGGUCAUUUCCAUCACGAACAUGGCAAGGUGUGGUACGGUGAAGACCUAUUCGUUGGUUACAAGCACCAUCACCACCGAGACAUCGCGCCUCAAUGGCACUUCGGCCACGGCCUCUCCUACACGACCUUCGAGUACUCCGACCUCUCGGUGACGGAGCCAAAGGUUGAAGAUGACGACGUCCACAUCAGCGUCUCCGUGAAGGUGACCAACACCGGCAAGGUCACGGGUACAGAAGUCGUCCAGGCCUACAUCUCGCACCCAACGACCUCCGAAGUGACGCAUCCACCGCUCGCGCUCAAGGCCUUCGGCAAGAUCUUCGACCUAGCCCCCGGUGACAGCGAGAUCAUCACGCUUUCACUAGACAAGUACGCGGUAUCGUUCUGGGAGGAGCGCAUCGCGCGCUGGGUUGUGGAGCCGGGCGUGUACCGCGUUCGUGUCGGGCAGAGCAGCGCGCCGGAUGCGCUGAAGCUGUCAGGCGAGUUCAAGAUCACGGAGCGGUUCGAGUGGAAUGGCCUGUAG